UGUCAACACUCCAGUAAGGAUCGGUAAAAGUUUUAUGAAGGUUUUUCAAUAAAUGCGAUCUUGAAAUGUAUAGAUAAUUUAACGUAUCAAUACCGGUAAUCACUGACGGGGGAGGUCAAACCAGUAGUCGGAUCGAUCAUAUAAUGACGGUUGUAAUUUAUAAGAUAUAUCUUAUCUUUGUGAAAUAUUCAAAAAUCACAAGUGUCGAAGUGAAUAAUCGCCCGGAUUUAGGUAACGUGAUUUUGUACGGUGUAAAGAAAUAAAUAUUUUAACAAGGACUUGUAACGUAGAAUAUAUCAGUGAACAUUCUUAUGGAAUUUAUAGAUUGUUGGAUAAAUUCAUUUAAAUGGACAAUAAAGAAUAUAUGGAAAGUUUAACUCGACUAUAAAACAAGAAAUAUACGACGGACAUCGGAGUUUAAAGUAUUUUUAAACACAAUUAUCCUAUACUGCAGUAAACAAAACCCGAAGCGUUUAAUGUGGAAUAAGAAGCUGUAAUAGAACAUGCAUAAUAUAUUACAAAUAUUCAUUGGUUUAUGACCGGGGCAAUUGAAUUAAACAUUUAUAUAGAAGGAAUAGCAGUAUCAUAAUACAGGUGACGUGACUGGAAUUAAAUAUUAAAAGGAAUAUUCAAAUAGAUUUAAAUUUGCCAUUGUAAAGCACAAAAGGAGAGGAUGGGGGUAGAAUGGCCAUAAACAAUGAUUCGAUAGGUAUAGUUUUGUUUGUGUUGGCAAUUAUAGCUGUUAUAUCAAAUGUGUUGUCUGUGGUUUUAAAACUGUUCAAGGACUUUACAAACCCUAAACUGUGGAAGUAUUCGUUAAUAUAUCAGGAUUUAGCCAACAGCUGUUUGUCUGUUGGUUUAGUGUUAUUCUUUAUCUAUCAGCACGUGGAUGAGUCUUCAGUGUGUGACGCAGCAGGAUUUUUCCUUUUAUUCGGAAUUACUCAGUGUUUAUUGUCGUAUAUUACUACUGGAAUAAUAUUAUUAUCAAUACAAAAUCCGGGAAAAUCAUCAUCUAUUUCAAAUUUUCAUAGAAAUAUUGUGAUUGUUAUUGUUUCACCGGAAGUAAUUCUCGGCUGCAUUUUGUCCUGUUUGCCUUACGUUUCAGACGAACUUUACGACAAAAAUUUACCGUAUGAUAUUUCCUGUUUUCCAAUUCGAGAUCACGGAAAACAAGGGGCCGCGUAUGGAACAUUGUUAAUUGUUGUAUGGUGGUUGAUUAUCAUUGCGCUUUGUGUUUGUGACGUCAUCAUUGUACUGAAACUGUGGAAGUUCAACAAUAGAAUAAAUACAGCUCAGAAUAACGUGUGGCAAGCGCAACUUAUAACUCAAGGAAAAGUUCUUGUUAUAGCCUGUGUGAUUGAACACGCGAUAAAUAUUUUAGUCAUAUUUACUACGACUCUUGCAAUCUAUGUGAAUGUAGAUGCUUUCAAAAACAAUAAAACAUGGAUGGUUGUGACGUCAUUGGUUGUAUCCGUCAUCGUACAUUGUGUCGUAUCUAACAUAUGCAAUAUGAUGUGGACAUCCUGCUGCUGUCGAGACAAUAGUGCGGUCAAGGAGCCGCACAGAAAACUCAAGAAAUUGGAACUUAUUAACAUUGAGGCAACUGGGAAACUUCGCAUGAAGGCGACAUGGACGAUUGGAAAGCAUGCUACAAAAAGAGGGCUAAUGAAGGUUUACGGAACCAAUCACCUGAAAUCCUGGGCCCAGGAGAUUGUUAUGUUAGGAAUGUUGAGGCGGAUUCAGCACCCGAGUCUAAUACAAUGUCUGUGGACAAACAGUUCGAAUCCCUAUUAUGAGACGAUGACUCUUAUAUCAGGGGAAAUAAUUACAAGUGACUCGAGAAUUAUAUGCCUGGAGCUGACAAAUGGUGGGACGCUUCAUGAUUUUCUGCAGAAAGUAGAACUUCCGCUUCCGGAACAGUGUCAACGUAUGAUAGUUCAUGAUGUGGCCGAGGGAUUGUUCUAUCUCCACCAUGAAAAUAUUCUACAUAAUAACUUGACUACAUCAUGCAUUUACCUCAAAGGCUCAUUACAGCCAGAUUCUUACAAAGGGAACACACGAAGUAUGGUUCUGAGAGCAGCGGUUGGUGAUUUCGAGGAAGCUCAUAUAUAUGGAACAUUACAGCAAAGUUUGGAUAACUCAAUAAAAGACAAACGACAUUUCUUUCUGCCAGAUAUACGCUCUUUCGCCCUUAUUGCGCUCGAAGUUGUAACAAGAAUGUCCGAAAAACGAUUUCAAAACCGAUACACUCAUUAUAGUGCGGAUCAUGUUCCUCUGAAACUAAACUUGACAAGUGUUAUAUCUGAUGAGGAGGAUGAAUUUCAGGCACAAUAUUCGUACGAAGUUGAAGAUACGCAUAGAAUGUUUCAUGCAAUUCAUGAUAAUGACGGGUUUUCUAGUGAUGAAAGUGAAGACAAUUUUAAAGUAGGGAAGAAGGAAACUGGUUCAUUAGCAAAUCUGACUUCCCCGCGGCGUGUAAUGUCACCUGCUUUUGAUGGAAGGGAUCUAAGUACGCCUGAUACAGUAGUUGAAAGUGACAAUGAAAAUAAGGUUAACGACGAAAUGCAGAAUCAAACUAUGUUUACAAGCAAAACAAGUUCAAAAAGUAAGAACAAAAAUGAGUUCGAGAUUAAUGACUAUUCCAACAGAAGCUAUGAAAAGCCAAAAAUUAAAAGUAAACGACAUGGCACAAAAUCAAAGUUGACAACUGUCAGUAGUUCAAGCAGCAAAUCUUCACCUCCAAACAUAAGUGUACAGUUAGAAAAUGGAAGAUGUGUUUCGCCUGACCCUAUGAAAGAUGAGACUUUACAAAAACUAAGAAAGGAAACUAAAACAAGUUCUUCUUUAAACAAGAAAGAAAGAAAAUUUUCUUUCAGUAGGAAGAAAUCAGAAGAAGAAAUAUUCAAGAACGGUAAAAUGGAAGCUUUUGUUAAGUCCGAUGCCGAAAUGAAUGAAAAGCGAAAGGAUGGGAAAUGGCUAACAAAGCCGACAUCGAUAUUGAAAUCGAUAACAAGCAAUGAUACCACCGUGUCAGUCUUCAAAGCAAAGCCUACAGAUGAGGAAAAUCAUUUAGACGCUAUAGAGGAAGAAGAUAUUAACCCGGGUCAGUCUUCAUUUCCAAGGCAGGUGAAAGUCAAAGAAGCUAAACCGAAUAAAGCAGAAGUUUGGGAUAUCAUUGAUGAACAGUAUUACACUCAAGUGAACAAAAAGGCAUCAAACAAGUUAAAGAAAACAGUUUCUGGUGAGUCGAGAUCAAGUUUGUGGUCAUUUAUAUCCACACCUGAAGAUCUUGACGAAGAUGACAUGGAUGACAUAUUAGACUGCUUACCCGGAAUGGCUGAUACAUUUGAAUACCGAAAACCAGAAAUAACCGUCAGUGACAUUAUGGCGGAAAGAGACAAUGCAAGAACAAGUGAAUCUUCAAAAAAGAAGUUCAAUUUCACACAAUUGUCAAAAUCAAAGUUUGAGCUUAUUGACUAUUACGAAAUGUUGAAAUCGAAGCAGAUAACCAUGAACGAUAUUCCUGAGGACAAACGCGAAAUGUUAAUAAACGUGGUAGAGUUGAAACUUGAGGAGAAAAGGAGAAAGGAAGAUACCGUUAAAACAGUGAUUCGAAGUGAUGAAAUGUAUGAUAAUAAUAUGAGUCCUGGCAAUAACAAUAGUUCAGGUAAAAUGAAAAUUGUAAGCUUCAGAAAUUCUCAGGUUAAUACCCAAUCACAGCGUAAUGAAUACCAAAAUACGAAUGAUCCAAGGCUUGAAAGAGCUAGGUCAGCUCCACUCAAAAGGUCGAGAACACCUGUUGUUAAUAAGCCAGCUGCUGAAAAGCCACUUGAGCAUAACCCUGUAUUCCAGGACACUAAAGCCAUCACAUACGCAAAGCGAAACCGAGCGAGAGCUGCGCUCAGACGAGCUAUUCAAAAUAAAGGCAAACAAUCUGUGCCGAGACAAGUAUCAGAACGGGGACAAACAGACUUAUCAGUAAAAUAUGCAACUGUUCGGAAAGUUGUGUCUUGUACAAGUGACACUGAAACUGAGCCAAAUGAUAGUGAACUUAUUACUGUGCCUGUACCUACUAGUGAGAGUUUUUCUGUCACUAAUCACAACACUCGCGUUAAUAAUGUCAAACGGUAUUCAAGUUUUAGUAGCAAUGGAAGUGGAAGCACUCUUAGUUCAAGUGAAAGAUCAAGACCGGCUGAUACUUCACUUACAAGUGGUGAAUUAUCAUCACUUUCUUCACAAGCAGACAGUGAUCAUUAUGACACCGAUUAUCACAUGGCGAAUAUCGAAAAACUUUCCGGAAAUAGAAAAAUGAUUCCCACGCCGUCUUCGCGAGUUGAUAGUGGUUUUGAAAGCAGCUCAAUAAGUAGUGAAAUGUCAGAUGCAUUUACGAAUAGAAAAUUGCAUUUAAAUGCCCAGUUCCAAAUGGGAAGUAAUAAAGGUAUUGUUGACUCAUGGGCAAGGAAUUACAAAAUGAUUGAUGGUAACUUUGAAUCGAAAUCAAAUAAUGUUGCGAACAAGAACCUACCUCCAGUGGUUUGUCUUCCUGAGCAUAUGGAAAGUAGUGAAAAUGUAAGUGAAAAUAAAAAUAUACAAACAAUAAACAGAGAUGGUAGAAAAGAUAUGACAUCUCAUGAAAAAGUUAAGAAUAUGAGAAACAGAAAACGUGCUGUUCCACAUAGACAUAAAAAUUCUUUAAACAUAACACCGUAUACAACAGUAUCUAGUCGACCAGAUGCUCUACACAGCAGAUCUAUGUCACCACCGUGUCGAGUUAUGUCCCCUGUUGGCCGACCGAAUUCCCCAAGCAGAUCUCUUUCUCCAGCAUCAGCGAGACAAUUUAUUUCGAAUGAAUAUGAUAAUGUUAAUAAAACAUCUAGACCUAUGUCACCGGACGCCAGACCUAUGUCACCAAAAUCUCCUAGUAGUUCAAGGCCGAUGUCACCUAUGAGUCGUCCGAUGUCACCAAACGUCCAACCUACAAAUAAUCGAACAUUAAAGACGGCUCUUUCAAAAACUUUGUCUCCAACAACAAUUGGUCCUCCCACAACAGGACCAUCAAAACCAUUUUCACCAGGACGAAAACUAAGCAGACCAAUUUCACCUGAAAUACCAACGACAAAUGUAGAUACUACUGAUAUUUCAGAUACAGCAAGUGUGGCCGAAUCAUCAACGUCAAAGGCAUCUAAAAGAUACAGAGAACUUGUUAUGAAAGGGGUGCCCUUACGAACGUCCGUUAUAGAUGCAGACCCGGAUGAGAGAAAAGCUAAUAAUUUUGACUCCAGACCGGCCACUGCUGAAAGCAUGAUCGAGGACCAACCUGAUGACCAAGAACUAUUUGAAAACCUUGCUGCAAAGGGUUUCUUUGAAACAAAACCGCGAUCCCGUUCUCCAAGUCCAACUAAAAAUUUCAACUCGGGGCAAACCCAAAAAUCUGCGAACAAUAAACCUAAUAGCAAAUCCGGAGGUACACGGCGUAGAAAGAAGAAACAGGUCCCAUUAGAAGAAAUUGUUCGUGAAAGCCCAACAAAAGCGCAUAGAUCCCCAAGUGAAAACCAUCUUGCGGUAACAGAUGAAGCCUUUUUAAACCAACCAACAUCAGAAGAUUCAGAAACUUGCAGUAUCAAAACAAACAAAAGUAGUGCGUCGUCGCCUUCUGGUUCGAAACCAAAACUAAUGAUUGAUGCAGAACUCGUCAUUGAUAGAAUAUUCUCACAAAACCAACAUGAAAACAACGAACUAGAUGUAGAAGUGGAGGCGGCAUUAGGGCUGGACAAAGAUCCUUUCAAAGCUGUGAAAGAGAUGUAUCUGAUGAAUGACCCUUGUGAUACACCAAAUCUGAACGACAUACCACUACUUAAUGGCGUGAACCAAAAGCAUCUACACGAAUGUAUUGAAAUGGCGUCAGGUCUGCACGUGCUGUCCCUACGCGACCUUCUUCCGGCUUCUCACGAAAGUUUCCAAGUUCUCCGAAAUAAACUUCAGCAGAUUGGACAACUUGGGACCGUUGCUAAUCAGCUUCUAGAUGUGAUACAUACAUGUUGGUUACAAGAUAUGCCGCCAACAUCCGGGGAUCUGGUUGAACAACUUACAGAUCCUGUAACUGAAACCGAGCUGUGAUCAUAUAUGAUUGUCCAAACAUAAAGCAAAACUGUGAUAUGAUCCGUCCACACAUAAAGCAGAACUGUGAUAUGAUCCGUCAACACAUAAAGCAAAAACUGUGAUAUGAUUAUAUUAUCUCAAUGUGACUGACUUGAUUUGCUAUUAUCAGGCAACAAAAUCAAAUAUGUGAUAUGAACUACAUGAAAAGGUGAUUUGUUGAGUGUGAAAGAACUGCUGUAUGAUUUAUCUGAGCAUGUGAUAAACAUAUGGAAUAAAGUCAAUAAACAUGUGGAAUAAAGUCAAUAAGCAUGCGAAAUAAAGUCAAUAAAAAUGUGGAAUACAGUCAUCGUAUAGACCAUGAUACAUGCCUUCGUUUGAUUACCAGUGAUAUGGAUCGUUAAUAGCAAUAUAAUUCGUAUAGGCCAUCUGAUAAUCCUGGAACCGACUUAUAGGCCAUAUGAUAACCUUGGAUUCGGUAAGGUCAUUAAUAAACUGAUAUGAUUCGUAUAUGACAUUUGAUAAACGGUCAUAUUUUUCGUGUAGGACAUUUAAUAAUCUGAAAUUCGGUAAGACCAUUUGAUUAACAGUUGUAUGAUUCGUAAAGGCCAUUUAUUAACUGUGAUAUGAUCCAUAUAUGUUAUUUGAUAAACAGUGAUAUGAUUUGUGUAGGUAAUUUGAUAAACUGUGAUAUGAUUUAUAAAGGUCAUUUAAUAAAUGUGAUAUGAUCCCGUUUGGUCAUUCAAUUCACAGUAAUAUGAUAAGAUUAUGAUUCGUAACAGUGAUAUGAUACGAAUAAGUUAUUUGAUAAUCUGUAACAUGAUUCCGUUAGGCCACUUUAUUUACUGUGAUAUGAUUUGUUUAAUAAUGAACAAUAAUGAACAAUAAUGUUAAGUGUAGGACAUAUGAUAAACUUUUAUAUGAUUCGUAUGUAAAGGCCAUUUGAUAUUCAGCGAAGCCAAAGUAAUUAUCAUCAUAAAAUUUGUCAUGUUCACUAGCAAGUUACAUAUAUAAGACACAUAAAUUAUCUAUGUUUUAGAACUUUGAUACAGUAUUAUAUAUCAUUUCAUCUGUUUUGGAUCAAAGGGAACUAACAAAGCAACUUUACUCUUUCAUAUAAUAAGUACUUCAUUAUUUUCAGCCCUACGAAUGAAACAAAAGAUAUACGAAAGUAACAAUACUUAGAUGAUUUUCAUUUUUGGUAAUUUUGUGUAUCUAUCGGACUGUCUUGAUUUAAGAUUUACACAAUAAUUGAUAUAAAAAAUAUAUAACAACAACAACAACAAGUCAGUUGAAGCGCACAAUACUUACAUUAUGUCAUCAUAAAUUAAUGUUUUAGAGAUUUUUUCUUAUCAUAACACAUUUCUUACAUUUUGCUUGACAUUCAGCUAAAAUCGUGUAUAUAGCUAUCAUUUUAUGUUAGCUGGACAUUCCAUGAACAUUCCAUUGAUAUUCAAUAAACAUGACUUAACAAAGUGGUAUUGUUUAGAAACGCCAUUACGACAUCUCAGUUUUAUAUACAUUUCACACUCUAUCACAAAGUCAUGGGAUAACAUUUUUUGUAUUACAUUGUAUAUCAUACAUUAAGUCUACAUUGAGGUACAUUUAUGUAGAAUUAUCAAGAAUUCUGUCAUUGUAGUUUUAUAUUGUUCUCUAUGUGACCAUAGUUUUAACUUAUUCUCUUUUGUUAGCAUUGUUCAAAACCAUUGCAUUUUUCUAUCUAUAUACGCUAUUGUAAUAGAUAUUAUCAUUAAAGUAUUUUCAUAAA